AUGACAUUCAGGGUGUGGAACAAGAACGCCUUUGGCUUCAGACAUCGCACCCCUGGCGCCUGUGAGCUGUGCGACACUGGGCAAGCUUCCUUCCUGUAUGGAACCAGACGGGACCGGAUCCCACUGCUCCCCCACCUUACAGGGACCCCUUCUGGUCGGUGUGGGAAAUCCCUGUCUGCGUGGCACAACGGGAAGAACCACGUAAUCAAGUGGACUCCUCAGGGAGCCCCCCACCCGACCCAGGCCAGCACUGGCCUAGGCUACCUGCUGAGGGACCACAUGGAGGGGAAGAAUGGCACCAACUCCACCAGGGCCCUGAAACUUCCAGAUGGGACCAGCGCUGCCUGGUACAUUCUCACCAUCAUUGGCAUCUACGGAGUGAUUUUCCUCUUCCGAUUGGCCAGCAACAUCCUCAGAAAGAAUGAUAAAUCCUUGGAAGAUAUCUACUACUCAAAUUUGACCUCCGAACUCAAAAAGAAACAUCUCCAAAGCAAGGUGGCCAAAUGCUCUGCACUGACCUUUAGCAACAGAGCUGUCCUGCAGUCCAACCAGGCCAGCCUGGAACCAAAAUGUAAAAAUAGUGGGUGCCAAACUGAAAUCCAAGGGAUCCCUUGA